CAUAUCAAAAGAAACCAACUAAAGCAAAGGUAUCCCGGCCACCAGCAACUUUUCUUGUCUUUCAUAGAUUGUUAAUUUCAAAAGAUUUAAAAGAGCUUAAUUAGCAUCAUUUCAAUAAUGGCAAAUGUUGAUCUGGAAUAUGGACGUGUUCCUAAUGAAGAAGUAGAUGAGCCAGCUUUUCAAACCCUUCUUCGGCGUGUAAAGAGUGGAAAGAAAAGUGUUGAAAAACGCCCGUCUAUUUGUACGGUUCCUAGCGUCCUUAGAAACCUUAGCCAAAAGUCAUUCACACCACGGGUGGUUUCUAUAGGACCUCUACAUAAAGAAAGUAAAAAUCUUCAAGAAUCCGAAGGUCUAAAAGAUUCUUAUUUACAUGACCUGUUGUCUCGUUCACAUCCUUCUCGGACACUAGAAGAGCAACUAAAAGAAUGUUUGGAAGCAGUGAAUCAUAUGAUGAAAGAUAUCAGGUCGUGUUAUGACGACGUCGUGAUGAACAAAAAGUAUAAAGACACCGACUUAGCCAAUAUGAUGGUUUUGGAUGGUGGUUUUAUACUUGAAUUUUGCUACAAAUUACAAGAUAAUAAAGAAGCGACAAUGUUAAGCAAGAUACAAAUCAGUUGUAUUGCUAUUGACUUAAUGUUGCUAGAAAACCAAAUUCCGUUCUUUGUUCUUGAAGCUAUUUUCAACCGCACGACCCAUCCGAAAAAUAUUUCACUUACGUGCCUUGUUCGAAAGAUUUUAGGAAGCUACAUUCAUCCUUUUUCUUUUUCACUAGAGAAAGAAGUCAGUGACGAUGAUUCAGUUGAUUCAUCACAACAUGUUCAUGUUCUUGACUGUGUACACAAAAUUUACAAAAUCAAGCCGUCAUCAGAAACGGUUGUAAAUAUCAAGUGUCAAACAUCAGAAAAGGAUGGAGAUUGUGAGACAUCAUUGAAUUACAAUCACUCUGUUGUGGAACUGGACAGGUCUGGGGUGAACUUCAAGCCGCAUAAACAAAACGAGAUGUCAAUGGCCAUGAAUGUUAUCAAAUCUCGUUCGUGUUAUCAUUUAUCGCCGUGGAGCAAAAGAACACUAGUAAUGCCAACACUUGUUAUUCAAGAAUUUACUGAGGUAAUUUUGAGGAAUUUUAUUGCAUAUGAGCAAUUUUCACCUAAAGUGAACUACUAUUUCACAUCGUAUGCAUCCGCUAUGGACAUGCUUAUUGAUUGUGAAGCGGAUGUUGGUAAGUUGGUUGAGUCAAAAGUCAUUGUCAACAAUCUUGGUUCGAACAAAGAAGUGGCAAGAGUGAUCAACGGCAUAUGCGUAAACAUAGAAAUCGAACGUUUUUGUUACUCUGAAGCGAUUAAAGAAUUGGAUAAGUACUACAAUUCAUACUGGCCGAAACAUUUUGCAUAUUUUAAACGGACGUAUUUCAAUAAUCCUUGGAGUGUGAUCGCUUUCUUUGCAGGAUUCAUCGUGUUUGGUCUUGCUGUUCUUCAGGCCGUCUUGAGGAUCAUUGACAGAUGAUUUACAUGAUGAUUGCUUAGUAGUUAGUACUGUACGAAUUGUAUGUAGUAACCAACGGUGGGAUUUCAAUAAUGAUAAUCUGUAUCUUUUACUUUUAUUAUUGUUGGCCCCAAGCCUUCAAGUCAUCCACAUGUGUAAUGUGUUGUAUUAUUAUAAAUUUAUAAUUACGAUAUAUAUAAUAAUAAAAUGUUGUAUGCUAGACCUCCAA